AUGCAACACUCAGGCACACGUUCAAACAAGAGUGAUAUCGCAAAAGAUGCGGCGCACUGCUCGGAUACGUCAACAUGUCAGGAAGAUGCAGCACAUGUGAUUGUGGAGGUGGAUCGUCUUACAGAGCAGGGUGUUGCCGCGGCCGACAUCGUUAAGUUGCGGCAGGCAGGUAUUUUCACGGUUACAGGGAUUCACAUGCAGUGUCGGAAAGACUUGGCACUUAUCAAGGGUCUUUCCGACGCCAAGGUGGAGAAAAUCAUAGAGGCGGCCCGAAAGCUUCUUGACUGUGGGUUUACAAAUGGAGCCACGUUUCUACAGCAGCGCGGCAAAGUGACGCGCAUGACGACUGGAAGCACCGCUCUUGAUCAAUUAUUGGGUGGAGGUAUUGAGAGCAUGUCCAUUACAGAGGCCUUUGGUGAGUUUCGCACAGGAAAAACUCAGAUCGCACACACACUGUGUGUGACCUGUCAGAUGCCUACCUCAAUGGGCGGGGGUAAUGGGAAGGCAAUAUACGUGGAUACAGAGGCGACCUUUCGUCCAGAACGCAUUAAGCCCAUUGCUUCUCGUUUUGGUCUUGAUGCGGACGCAGUGCUCAAUAACAUUCUCGUGGCACGGGCCUACACUCAUGAGCACCAGAUGCAUUUGCUCUCUAUGGUGGCCGCAAAGAUGGCGGAGGAUCAGUUUGGCUUACUCGUUGUGGACAGCAUUACAGCUCUGUUUCGCGUUGACUUUUCUGGUCGAGGCGAGCUGGCGGAACGGCAGCAGAAGCUCGCAAAAAUGAUGAGCCAUUUGAUAAAACUAGCCGAAGAGUUUAAUGUAGCAGUGUAUAUUACAAACCAGGUUGUGGCAGACCCUGGUGGUGCAUCGAUGUUUGUCGCUGACCCCAAAAAACCGGUUGGUGGGCACAUUCUUGCACACGCCUCCACAACACGAUUGUCUCUCCGCAAGGGCCGAGGGGAUCAGCGCAUCUGCAAGAUCUACGACAGUCCAUCCCUGCCGGAGGUUGAGUGUGUUUUCAGUAUUUCCGAACAAGGCAUCGUCGAUGCUCGUGAGUAG